GCUGUUUCUAUUUCCAAUCAUUUCAAAUGGACUUAAGUUGUCCCAUGAAAUGAUAAAAUAUACUAUAUACUGUGGUGUUCGUGCUACUGACAAUGAAUUGAUUGCCCGUGUCGUCGGUGGUCGCGAAGCUGACCCAGGAGAAGUUCCUUUUUUCGCUUCAGUCGAAGAAAGCACAUUUUUCAACAUGUUUAAAUAUAAAAAGUGUGGUGGUGUUUUGAUCUCAAAUCGAUGGGUCUUGACUGCGGCCCAUUGUAAAAUGAGUUGGUUUGGAACCUUGCGAGUUGUUUUAGGUGAUGAAUUAAACAAUGAAACGAUUCCAGUAGAAAAAAUUUACGUCCAUUCGGAUUUUAAUCGUCAAACACUUGAAAACGAUAUCGCCCUUUUAUUAUUGAAAGAACCAGUUCAAUAUAGUAGGAAUAUCCAACCAAUCUGUUUACGGGAGCCUGGAGAAGAUGACAGUUUUUAUGGUCGCCACGGGACAGUGGCUGGUUGGGGAAGACUAGGUGAGUGAAUUUAUUCCUAUGCAAUUUAUUUCAUACUAAUCAAUUUGAAAUGGCUUGGUAAUGAGAUCGGAGGUAAGGAAUUGUUGCUCUAUUAGUAUUUGGCGAUUCCUCAAAAAACUUUCACUGGCCUAACGUUAAAUUUGAGUAGCAAUGUUUUUGGUGAAGAUAAUUGUCUAUACAUUCUUGAUGAGUUGAAUGAUAAAGUCACUGUGAUAUUAGAGUAAGUUUAAAUUACAGAAUUGUUUAUUUAAUUGCUUAUUUAUCUUUCAAUA